AUGGUGAGUCAGAACAACUCUUCCAGCAAGCAGAAGAACAGCAUAGCGCAAAAGGACUGGCAAGAAAGACUGGACAAUACGGAGGUGGAUAAAAAUGAUCUCCGGCACAUUGUCAUGAACUAUCUCGUGAUUGAAGGUUAUAAGGAUGCAGCUGAGAGCUUCCGAGACGAAUCAGGUGUCGAUCCCGAACUAGACCUGUCUUCAAUCGCUGAUCGUAUGAAGAUAAGAAAUGCGGUGCAGAGUGGCGACAUCACUACAGCGAAAGGUCUAGUCAACGAUCUCAAUCCAGAGAUUCUGGACACAAAUACGUUGUUAUACUUUCAUUUACAACAACAACAUUUGAUAGAGCUCAUCCGUGAAAACCGCAUUGACGACGCCAUCGAUUUUGCGCGUGAGGAGCUAGCGGCGAAGAGCGAAGAAAGCCCCAAUCUGCUGGAGGAACUGGAACGCACUAUGUCCUUGAUCGCUUUUGAGAAUGCAGAGUCGUCACCGAUGGGCUAUUUGCUAUCUCCAACUCAGCGACAAAUGAUGGCGAGUGAACUAAAUGCUGCCAUACUCGCUAGCCAGUGCCUAGAGAAGGAUCCAAGGCUACCGCUGGUACUCAAAAUGUUGGUACACGCUCAGGAUCUGCUCGGCAAGAAAACGAUAUUUCCACACCUGAUUAAUGCUGUCGACGGAACGUUGGUUUUGAAGGAGAACGAGACAUGA